UUCAGGGCUUUUACAAUGCAUUACAACAUGCUUAGAAACCUUCCUGAUAAGCUGUAUUAUUACUUUACAAUCGUCUAGAUGCCUCCUUGGGUCAAAGUGCACGGCAGUUUUUCAGCACUGCUUGCUUCAUACUGAACAGUAACUGCUCAACAGGUACUCAAGAAACCCACAACAAAAAACAACAAUCUCUUCCCUUUGACGGGAGGAACAUAAUGGGAACCUCGAAGAGACAUUCCACCGAGAAAGUGCAACCUUUCAAAGACUCUCCCAAAGAGGUUACUGCCUGUGAAGAGGAAAUAGAAGACAAAGUUAAACAGGAGAAAAAGAAGGAUGAAGAACCUUCCUUGCCACCAGUGGCUAUUCAUCGACUCUUCCGCUUUGCCAGUUCCAGGGAUUUGUUCCUCAUUUUCUUGGCCAUCAUUGCCGCCAUUAUAGGAGGAUGCUCCAUGCCCGUGAUGAUCAUUCUCUUUGGAGAUUUGGCCAACACAUUCGUUCAAAAUGACUUGAAUGUCUCACAAAUAUGCGUGGGUAUUCCAUUUUGUUGUGACAACACUCCAGCGAUCAAUUUGGAUUUGCCCAAUUGCAAUGUGACCGAGGAGGACUUGGGCAAUUUCUUCAUCAACAUGAACUUUUUGGAUCAAAUCACAAAAUUCGCCCAAGGCACCGCAUUGAUUGGCCUGGUCAAUUUCGUCAUGAGUUAUAUCUUCGUAACGUGCUUGAAUCACGCCGCAGAAUGCCAAGUGUUUAAGAUCCGGGGACUUUUUCUCAAGGCCAUUUUGCGACAAGAUAUUGGUUGGUACGAUACUCAUCAAACCGGAGAUUUUGCCUCCCGCAUGACAGAAGAUCUGAACAAAGUCCAAGAGGGAAUUGGGGAAAAGAUUGGCAUGUUCAUCUUCUUUGCCACCAUAUUCAUCGCCAGUUUGAUCAAUGCCUUUGUUCAUGGCUGGGAAUUGACCCUGGUGAUCCUCUCAGUGAUGCCGGUGUUAGUAAUUGCGACGGCCAUUAUUGCUGGCUCGCAGACUUACCUCACGGCCAGGGAAUUAAAGGCCUACGGUAAAGCCGGAUCUGUUGCUGAGGAGGUCCUAUCGGCUGUUCGGACAGUGGUGGCUUUCGGAGGUCAGACCAAGGAAGUCAACAGGUUUGAGAAUAACUUGCACGAUGCGAGGAAAGCCGGAAUUAUGCGAGGUCUCCUCACUGGGAUAGGUGGGGGCUUCAUGUGGCUCGUCAUUUAUGCAUCUUACGCGCUCGCCUUUUGGUAUGGAGUAAAGCUAAUCAUGGAUGACACAGAGGAUUGUUUUGAAGAUAUUCUCCACUGUGAUCCGCGAUAUGACGCUUCAAGCUUGCUGGUGGUUUUCUUUUCUGUUCUCAUGGGGGCCAUGAAUGUGGGCCAAGCCACACCUUAUGUGGAGGCCUUCUCAGUGGCACGUGGAGCAGCCGCUCAGAUUUUUGACAUUAUCGAUCGAGUACCAAAGAUCGAUUCUUCAAGCACUGAAGGAGAGCACCCAGAAAAGGGCGCUGGGAACUUGAGUUUCAAAGAUGUGUUCUUCAACUAUCCAUCCAGAAAGGACGUCAAGAUUUUGAAUGGGCUGACCAUGGUCGUGAAUAAGGGGGAGACUGUAGCCUUGGUGGGGUCCUCAGGUUGCGGAAAAUCCACAGUCAUCCAAUUAGUUCAACGGUUUUAUGAUCCUUGGUCGGGAUCAGUGAUGCUGAAUGGGAAAGACCUUCGCCAACUGAAUCUGUCCGCUCUGCGAGAACGGAUUGGCAUUGUGGGACAAGAACCCGUGCUGUUUGGCUGCUCGAUUGCCGAAAAUAUCCGAUAUGGCCGAGAGGACAUUGACGACUCCGACAUUGAACAGGCUUGCAAAGACGCCAAUGCCUAUUCGUUCAUCCGCAACCUCCCCAAGAAAUAUGACACAUUGGUUGGAGAACGUGGAGCUCAACUCUCCGGAGGACAGAAGCAAAGGAUUGCCAUUGCCAGAGCGCUUGUGCGGAAUCCGGACAUCCUACUCCUGGAUGAGGCCACCUCGGCUUUGGACACGCAAAGUGAGGGUGUUGUUCAAGCCGCUUUGGAUAAGGCGCGCUGCGGGCGAACAACCAUUAUGGUGGCACAUAGAUUGUCAACCAUUAGGACGGCUGACAAGAUUGUUGCCCUUGAAGAUGGCAGGGUGGCCGAAAUGGGUACCCAUAACGAACUCAUGAAAAUGAAAGGCGUCUACUUUGGUUUGGUUACUGCCCAGGGAGGACAAAACGUUGAAGAGGAGAUGGUGGAGGAAGAGAAAGAAGAAGACGACGAUGAUGUCCCUGAGCUAAAAAUAGUGGAGCAAGGGAGGUUUGAAAGGGAAGCGGGAGGUGGCCGUGUGCGAAAGCAAAGCGACAGGAAAGCCAGUACUACUAGUAGCAUCUUGAGCGAAGAUUCUGUGACAAUUGAGGAUGUUGGACAUGCCAUUGGGUCGGCGGUUGGUUUUUCUCGAGUCCCCUCUUUGCGCUCCAGUUUACGCAAUCCUCUCCACAAAGAGUUAUUUGCCGCUUCUGUGUUAAUUGCCUUACAGAUCUCUGAGGAUGCUGGAGAGGAUCUGCCCAAGGUCUCCAUGAUCAGGAUCCUCAAGGCCAACUCCCCGGAGUGGCCUUACAUGCUCAUCGGCCUGAUUGCUUCGAUCAUCAUGGGGGCUUCCAUGCCUGUGUAUGCCAUUUUAUUUGGAGAGGUUCUAGGAGUGUUGUCCGAGGAUCCGGUUUCUGCCAGAGACAAUGUGUCCUAUUAUUGCAUCCUGUUCCUCAUCACCGGUGUGGUGGUAGGCACUGCGAUGUUCCUGCAAAUCUCCAUGUUCACUUUAGCUGGAGAGCACUUGACCUUGAGGAUGAGGAAGCUCUCGUUUGAGGCCAUGUUGAGACAAGAAAUGGCGUGGUUUGAUCUGCCAUCCAAUAGUACAGGCGCUUUAUGCACCCGGAUCUCUUCAGACGCCUCCGCCAUUCAAGGGAUGUCGGGAAGCCGAGUGUCCUCCACACUCCAGAGUGCCAGUUCUGUGUUGUUUUCGGUUUCGUUGUCCGUUUGGUUUGAGUGGAAACUCGGUUUGGUGGUCAGUGUUUAUGUGCCCUGGCUCGCGCUCAGCUCUUGGCUCCAGGCCAAAAUAAUGGCUGGCCAUUUCAACGCCUUCAGAGCCCAUCAAGAAAAUGCCUCUCAAGCUUCCGGUACGCCGCUGGGUACUCUGUUCCAAUCGUUCUUCACUCUGACCAUUUCCAUUGGCUUGGCCAUGUACUAUCAAUGGCAAUUGGGCUUGGUGACGUCCGUUUUCAUUCCUUUCGUUCUGGUGGCUUUGUACUUCCAAACCAAAAUGAUCAUGGGCUCUGACUCCGUACAGAAGGAGGCUUUUGCCAGUUCAGCCAAACUGGCCAUCGAGGCCAUCAGCAAUAUCCGCACUGUGGCCGGAUUGGGUCGAGAAAGGACGUUCGAGGAGCUGUAUUUGGCCGCCCUUCGUCAGCCUCACGUGGACGCCAAGAAGCGCUCGCAUGUGCGAGGAUUGAUUUUCGGAUUUGCGCAAUCCGUGCCAUUUUUCGCUUACUCGGGAUGCAUGUUCUACGGAGGAUGGCUGGUCGAGAACCAAGACCUGGACUACAAAAACGUGUUCAAAGUGGCCGAGGCCUUGAUUUUGGGAACCAUGAUGGUUGGCCAAGCCACAGCCUUUGCUCCCAACUAUAACAAGGCUCUCCUGGCAGCAGCCCGUGUUUUCAAACUUUUGGACAGGAAACCCCAGAUCGACGCCAACGACGCCACCGGACUCCGCAUGAACAACAUUCAAGGGAACAUUUCGUUCAGCCAGGCCGGGUUUCACUAUCCCACCCGGAAGGAAGUGCGUGUCCUUCGUGAGUUGGAUUUGUCGGUCCAAGCGGGCCAAACCAUCGCCCUGGUGGGCCCUUCUGGUUGUGGGAAAUCCACGUGCAUUCAACUGUUGCAAAGGUUCUACGACCUUCACAAGGGGAGUCUCAACAUCGAAGGCGAGAAUGUCCAGGCUUUGAAUGUGCCACAACUCCGAUCCAGGAUGGGGAUCGUGUCGCAAGAACCGGUCCUCUUCGAUCGAACUCUGGCCGAAAACAUCGCCUAUGGAGACAACAGUCGGACGGCCUCCAUGGACGAGGUGGUGGACGCCGCUCGGCAAGCCAAUAUUCACUCAUUCAUCACCUCUUUGCCAAUGGGAUACGAUACCAUGGUGGGCGAAAAAGGAACGCAGCUUUCGGGCGGGCAAAAACAACGCGUGGCCAUUGCGCGCGCGCUCAUUCGAAACCCAGCCGUGCUUCUUCUAGAUGAGGCCACGUCAGCACUUGAUACGGAAUCGGAAAAGGUGGUUCAAGCGGCCUUGGAUAAGGCGCAAGAGGGGCGGACCUCCAUCACGAUCGCUCAUCGUCUGAGCACCAUACAGAACGUAAAUCGCAUUUUUGUCAUCUCCAAGGGGCGUGUCGCAGAGUCGGGCACCCACAGUGAGCUCUUGGCCCGGAAGGAAGGCCUUUAUGCCAAGCUGUGGGGCAGCCAAACCUUGACAAAAGGAGACUCAGUAGAGGACAGAACUCAGAAGUAGAACGUUUAUUGUGCCAGCUUUGCCCAACGUGAAAUAUAUGUAAACAUUUCUCGUGGAUA